CUCGCUUCUCACAGCGAGAAAGAACCGACCAUAUCCGCUCGUUGGAAACCAACCAUUCUUUUCUAAUCCAACCACACUCGUUUCAAAAAAAAAUGGAUUUUGCCAUGGAGAUUGACAACCCGCGCAAGAGAUGCCGCGACGAGCCGGAGCUGCAGAGUUUGAAUGGCUAUCCCGUCACGAAGAAGGCGCGCCAAUCGGACACGGACGCGUCAACCCGCGAUUCCACCCCGAGCCUCAGCGAAUCCACUCCUUCAACGCCCGCCUCCAUUGACGUGGACAUGGAUGCUACCCCCCAACAACACCAGAUUCACGCCCCAGCGCCCAGGCCCCAGCCUCGGUCGGGGGGCACCAUCAUCUCGGGCUGGAACCAGUGCCGCCGGGAGCAGUACCUGAGACAAGGCUAUCCCUUGGCCUGGAUGCAGAGUUCUGCGCAGUGAGUUCGAUGAGAACGACGCGCGCCGUUUCACCGCCGUAUUUGAAGAGAGUCCUGCCGGAGAGGGCCACGAGGCUCCACAACUGGUGGGAUUGAAGGGUGAUUUUCCCAUGACGUGUAACAUUGAAAGUGUAUUCUAGUGAGCGCAAGGGAUGAGAGGAUUGUCAGGGCAUCACAUCUCCACCGGGAGAUAUGGGCAGGAGAAUUCGAGCCUUUGCCGAGGAGCACCUGUAAACCCGGCUACGGAAGAGCUACCGGAGAUCACAGUACGGUCGAAUUGAAACACAGCGAAUGGCUUUCUAUGGCUG